GCGGGCGGGUUUGAGAGUCCCUCACUUUCACGUGUUUAGGGGGGGCUGUCCCGGCCCCCCGCCAGUUUCGCCUCCCCCGCCAGCAGAGUUUAGCAGGGCAUCAAUAUGAGCUGGUCACCCUCCCUGCCAACCCAGACAUGUGGGGCCUGGGAAAUGAAAGAAAGGCUUGGGACCGGGGGAUUUGGAAAUGUCAUCCGAUGGCACAAUCAGGAGACAGGUGAGCAGAUUGCAAUUAAGCAGUGCCGACAGGAGCUCAGCCCAAAGAACCGAGAUCGCUGGUGCCUGGAGAUCCAGAUCAUGAGGAGGUUUAAUAAAAAAUUGACCACACUUUGCACUUCCUCAGCCUCUGCACUUAGAUACCUUCAUGAAAACAGAAUCAUCCAUCGGGAUCUAAAGCCAGAAAACAUUGUUCUACAGCAAGGAGAACAAAGAUUAAUACACAAAAUUAUUGACCUAGGAUAUGCCAAGGAACUGGAUCAAGGCAGUCUUUGUACAUCCUUUGUGGGAACCCUACAGUACUUGGCCCCAGAGCUACUGGAGCAGCAGAAGUACACAGUGACGGUUGACUAUUGGAGCUUUGGCACCUUGGCCUUCGAAUGCAUCACAGGUUUCAGGCCUUUUCUCCCCAACUGGCAGCCUGUGCAAUGGCAUUCCAAAGUCCGACAGAAGAGUGAGGUGGACAUCGUUGUUAGUGAAGACUUGAAUGGAGCAGUGAAAUUUUCAAGCUCUUUACCAUACCCCAAUAAUCUUAACAGCGUACUGGCCGAGCGACUAGAGAAGUGGCUGCAGCUGAUGCUCAUGUGGCACCCCAGACAAAGGGGCACAGACCCCCAGUAUGGGCCCAAUGGCUGUUUUAAGGCCCUGGAUAACAUCUUAAACUUGAAGCUGGUUCAUAUCUUGAACAUGGUCACAGGCACCAUUUAUACUUAUCCUGUGACAGAAGAUGAGAGCCUGCAGAGCUUAAAGGCCAGAAUCCAGGAAGACACAGGAAUCCUGGAGAAGGAUCAAGAGCUGCUGCAAGAGGCUGGUCUGGCAUUGAUCCCUGACAAGCCUGCCAUCCAGUGUAUUUCAGAUGGCAAGCUGAAUGAGGGUCGCACAUUGGACAUGGAUCUUGUUUUUCUCUUUGACAACAGUAAAAUUACCUAUGAGACUCAAAUCUCUCCACGGCCACAACCAGAAUGUGUCAGCUGUAUCCUUCAGGAGCCAAAGAGGAGCCUCUCUUUCUUCCAGCUGAGAAAAGUGUGGGGCCAGGUCUGGCACUGCAUCCAAACCCUGAAGGAGGACUGUAACCGGCUUCAGCAGGGACAGCGAGCUGCCAUGAUGAAUCUCCUUCGGAAUAACAGUUGCCUUUCCAAAAUGAAGAAUUCCAUGGCCUCCAUGGCUCAGCAGCUCAAAGCUAAGUUGGAUUUCUUUAAAACCAGUAUCCAAAUUGACCUGGAGAAGUACAGAGAGCAAACCGAGUUUGGGAUCACAUCAGAUAAACUGCUGCUGGCCUGGAAGGAAAUGGAACAGGCUGUGGAGCUCUGUGGGCGGGAGAAUGAUGUGAAGCAUUUGGUGGAACGAAUGAUGGCACUACAAACAGACAUCGUGGACUUACAAAGGAGCCCAAUGGGCCGGAAGCAGGGGGGCACACUGGAUGACUUAGAGGAACAAGCAAGGGAGCUCUACAGGAGACUUAGGGAGAAGCCACGAGACCAGCGGACAGAUGGUGACAGUCAAGAAAUGGUACGUCUCCUCCUUCAGGCAAUUCAAAGCUUCGAGAAGAAAGUGCGAGUGAUUUACACACAGCUCAGCAAAACUGUGGUUUGCAAGCAGAAGGCGUUGGAAUUGCUGCCCAAGGUGGAAGAGGUGGUUAGUCUAAUGAAUGAGGAUGAGAAGACAGUUGUCCGGCUUCAGGAAAAGCGGCAGAAGGAGCUCUGGAACCUUCUGAAGAUCGCGUGUAGCAAAGUCCGAGGUCCUGUCAGUGGAAGCCCAGAUAGCAUCAAUACUUCUCGAGUCAGUCACUCUGGUCAGCUAAUGUCCCAGCCUUCCUCUGCCUGUGACAGUGUACCUGAGCCAAACAAGAAAAGUGAAGAACUGGUAGCUGAAGCACAUACUCUCUGUGCCCAACUAGAAAAUGCCAUGCAGAACACCGUGAAGGCGCAGGACCAGAGUUUUAUGAGUCUAGACUGGAGCUGGUUACAGAUGGAGGAUGAAGAACAGAGUGGCAUGGAACAGGCCUUGUGACUGGGGUUGUCCAGUGGCUGCUGUUAUGAUGGUGUCCCGCUGAUCCUCACCUAAGUGGAGAGCUCACUCCCCAUGCAGCUGUGAUGCUCACCCUGGACCGUAGGUGUGGCCCUCAGCAGAUGUUGCUAGUCCUUAUCCACCCUUGGCAAGACUCCACUGAGGCCCAGCAGAUGCCAGUGCCGGCUAUGAGUCUUCAUGGAAAUAGCCUCAGCAGCUGAAUUCUCUUCUGUGAAAAAGAGUGCUCAGAGUACUGUUUGCCACAUAGACUACUGGAUUGAUGUCUCACUUGAAUGUUUCUGGACAAUGUCUGCACAGCACUUGUAGCCAACCUGUCCUCUCCUGACCUCUUUAGACCUCCAGAGAAGCCUUGAUACACCUGUCUUCUCUCACCUAAUGGCCAUGGUUUCAUCUGGAUCCAUCCUCCUAAAUAGACAUUUUAAUCAUAGGUUUGGCAUGGCUUCCUCCUCUUGCCCUUUUCUCAUUUCACCGCUGCUAAAUUGUGUGUUGACUUACCAUGCUGGUGGCCAUUUAGCAAUGUUUAGAUAUGUUUUGGUGGUGCCAAGCUCCCCAAUGACUCUGGUCCUGUCAACCACUGAGUGACUCCCCAAAGCCAGAGUGGAAUAGAAGCUACUUAUAUUUGAGAUCCAAAGAUUACCUGGAAGUCAUAUAUCAUGGAGGGAAAAAAAGCCAGAAAAUGUGUAUAUCAACUUCUGACCUGACCACUUUAAGCAGAGUUAUCCCUGUCAAAUACGUGUGUGUGUGUGUGUGUGUGUGUGUGUGUGUGUGUGUGUGUGUGUGUGUGUGUGU